GGAAACAUUUCUCCUCCUGCAGCAACAAUGACUUCAGUUCAGGCUUUAAGAGAGUUUAUCAGCGAGAGACUAACUGCUGCUGCUGGAGAAAUCUUCACCGCGUUUCUACAAACUAUCGUCCCCUUCGAGGAGGAGAUUGACCGACAGAGAAAACUGCUGCAAAUCAGCUCCAAACUGAACAUCAAGUCACACAGAACAGAGAGUCCACAGCAGCACAUUGGUGAGCAGAAGAGCAGCUCCAGUGUGGAGCAGGAGGAACAUGAAGCUCCACACAUUAAAGAGGCGUCUGUUCCUGAUGGUGAAGGUGACGAUUCCCACCACUCUGAGAGAGACUGGAGCAGCCAGAGACUGACUGCUGCUGCUGUGGAGAUCUGCACCCUGUUUGAACAAGCUAUUGUCCGGAGCCAGGAGGAGGUGGAGCGUCAGCACAGACUGCUGGAGACCAUCUGGAAACCUCAGAUCAAGUUACACAGAGCAGAGCUCCAACAGCACCAUGACUGUAGAGUGGAGCAGAGGAACUGGGACUCUGAAGUCCAUGAUGGAAGAAAACAGAAUGACUCAGAAUCAGCUGUAAAUGCAGAGCUGGAAAAAAGCAGCAUAUUUCAUAGUGACGGAGUGGAGAACUUUCCUGAGUCAGAGAAGCAGGCUGGAUGUGAAAAGAUUCUUUGUGAGGAAACAUGUGGUGAAACUGUCCGAAAAAAGUCCGAAAAAACUGUCACUGAGAAGAAGAAGUUUAGUUGUGAAUUCUGUGGUAAAGGUUGUACCUAUCAGAGUCAAUUCUUGAUUCACAUGAGAACUCACACAGGUGAGAGGCCGUAUUCUUGUGAAACAUGUGGGAAAAGUUACAGUCAACAGAAUGCUUUGUUGCGUCACAUGAGAACUCACACCGUUGAGAAACCUCAUUGUGAGACAUGUGGCAAAAGUUUUAGACUUAGGAAGAGUUUGCUGAGACACAUGCGACGUCACACAGGCGAGAAGCCUCAUACUUGUGAGACAUGUGGGAAAAGUUUCACUAAAAACCAUGCUUUAAAGUGUCACAUGCUAAUUCACACAGGUGAGAAGAUGUAUUGUUGUGAGACAUGUGGGAAAUUUUUCAGUACAUACAGUAAUUUGUUGAGCCACAUGACAACUCACACAGACGAGAAGCCGUAUUCUUGUGAGACAUGUGGCAAAUCUUUCCGUCAACGGAAUAUUUUGCUGCGUCACAUGAGAAGUCACACAGAUGAGAAGCCGUAUUCAUGUGAGACAUGUGGCAAGUCUUUCCGUCAACGGAAUAUUUUGCUGGGUCACAUGAGAAGUCACACAGGUGAAAAACCAUAUUCUUGUAAAAUAUGUGGGAAACGUGUCGCUACAAAUAGAAGUUUGUUGCAUCACAUGCAAACUCACACAGGUGAGAAGCCAUAUUCAUGUGAGACUUGUGGCAAACAAUUCAGUCGACAGAGAACUUUGCGGGAUCACAUGAGAACUCACACAGCUGAGAAACUGUAUUCUUGUAGAAUAUGUGGGAAAAGUGUCACUACACAUAGGAAUUUGUUGCGUCACAUGGGAACUCACACAGGUGAGAAGCCGUAUUCUUGUGAAACAUGUGGGAAAAGUUUCAGUCAGAAGAGUGCUAUGUUGCGUCACAUGCAAAUUCACACAGGUAGGAAGUCUUAUUCUUGUCAAACAUGUGGGCAAACUUUCACUAAGCAGGUUCAAUUCUUGCGACACAACAGAGCUCACACAGGUGAGAAGCUAUAUUUUUGUGAAGUCUGUAGAAAAAGUUGCAUGUGUCAGAGUGAAUUGUUGGUCCACAUGAGAAGUCACACAGGCGAGAAGCCAUAUUCUUGUAAAACAUGUGAGAAAAGUUUCAGUCUGAGGGGUAAUUUGUUGGUUCACAUGAGAAUUCACACAGGUGAGAAGCCACAUUCCUGUCAAACAUGUGGGAAAAGUUUUAGUGAUAAGAGUUCUUUGUUGGUCCACUUGAAAAUUCACACAGGUGUGAAGCCACAUUCUUGUAAAACAUGCGAGAAAAGUUUCAUUAGACGGAGUCAUUUGUUGCGUCACAUCAGAACUCACACAGGUGAGAAACCGUCUUCUUGUGAAACAGGAAAGUUUCCGUCGUCGUCAGUCAUUGCAGCAACAUGUGGAAGCUCAUAAAGAGAUGAACUCCAGUUGUUCUUCAGGAAGUUCAUCUCAAACCAGAAAUCACAAGUCUUCAUCCAUUUUAAAGGAAAUGUCUCUGUUGAGGCUGAGCCUCAGGAAAAGGAAGGUUUCUUAUUUGUCCCCCGAAUGGUUGGAAUGUGGGCGGGUUGUGACACGGGGACACGAUGGAAACGUGUUGCUCUCCUCCGGCUGUUGCUCCUCAGCGGCAAGUGAAGCUGUGAGCCUCCACUCGGUGGUAUAGCUGGGAAAAGCUUCUCAUCCUGAACAGCACCCCCCCACCCCCUGACUCUGUGUGUGGAAAGCAAAGUUCUUAGUAAAUAUCUGUAGAUGUGACAGCACAAUCUUAACACCCUGUGUUAUGUGUGUUGGGGAACAAGCAAUGAACUUUGCGAAUGUUUCAGCACCCCCUCCUCCUUUUCUCUCUGGCCCAUAGAGAGAAAGACCCCCCCACCCCCAGACGCGCACAUGGUGCUGGCUGGUUGUUC